GCCGCCACUCCCCGCGCCACCCCGUCGUUGGCCUCGGGGGUCGGGAUGCUGCGGCAGGUUCUGCACAGGGGCUUGAGGACGUGUUUCUCCCGGCUCGGCCACUUCAUUGCCAGUCACCCUGUCUUCUUCGCCUCGGCGCCGGUGCUCAUCUCCAUCCUGCUCGGCGCCAGCUUCAGCCGCUACCAGGUCGAGGAGAGCGUGGAGCACCUGCUGGCGCCCCAGCACAGCCUCGCCAAGAUCGAGCGCAACCUCGUCAACAGCCUCUUCCCGGUCAACCGCUCCAAGCACCGGCUCUACUCGGACCUGCAGACCCCUGGGCGCUACGGCCGGGUCAUCGUCACCUCCUUCCAGAAAGCCAACAUGCUGGACCAGCAUCACACCGACCUGAUCUUAAAGUUGCAUGCUGCCGUGACCAGGAUCCAGGUUCCAAGGCCUGGAUUUAAUUACACAUUUGCUCACAUAUGUAUCCUGAAUAACGAUAAGACUUGCAUCGUGGACGACAUAGUGCAUGUCCUGGAGGAGCUAAAGAAUGCUCGGGCCACCAACAGGACCAAUUUUGCUAUCACGUACCCGAUCACUCACUUAAAGGACGGGAGGGCAGUUUACAACGGGCACCAGCUUGGAGGCGUCACCGUGCACAGCAAGGACCGAGUGAAAUCCGCAGAGGCCGUCCAGCUCACCUACUACCUGCAGUCAAUCAACAGUCUCAACGACAUGGUGGCAGAGAGGUGGGAGUCUAGCUUCUGCGACACCGUCCGACUGUUCCAGAAAUCUAACGGCAAAGUCAAAAUGUACCCUUACACGUCCUCCUCACUGAGGGAAGAUUUCCAGAAGACCAGCCGCGUAUCAGAACGCUACCUGGUCACCAGCUUGAUCCUGGUGGCCACCAUGGCCAUCCUCUGCUGCUCCAUGCAGGACUGCGUCCGCAGCAAACCCUGGCUGGGCCUGCUCGGGCUGGUGACCAUAAGCCUGGCCACUCUCACUGCGGCCGGCAUCAUCAAUCUUACUGGUGGGAAAUACAAUUCCACCUUCCUGGGAGUCCCUUUCGUCAUGCUAGGUCAUGGAUUAUAUGGGACUUUUGAAAUGUUAUCCUCCUGGAGGAAAACUAGAGAAGACCAACACGUUAAAGAGAGAACUGCAGCAGUCUAUGCAGACUCCAUGCUCUCCUUUUCUCUCACCACUGCCAUGUACCUGGUCACCUUUGGCAUAGGGGCCAGCCCUUUCACGAACAUUGAGGCAGCCAGGAUUUUCUGCUGCAACUCCUGUAUCGCAAUCUUGUUCAACUACCUCUAUGUACUCUCGUUUUAUGGUUCCAGCCUGGUAUUCACUGGCUACAUAGAAAACAAUUACCAGCAUAGUAUCUUCUGUAGGAAAGUCCCAAAGCCCGAGGCAUUGCAGGAGAAGCCCGCAUGGUACAGGUUUCUCCUGACAGCCAGGUUCAGUGAGGAAACAGCUGACGGCGAGGAAGCGAACACUUACGAGAGUCACCUAUUGGUAUGUUUCCUCAAACGCUAUUACUGUGACUGGAUAACCAACACCUAUGUCAAGCCUUUUGUAGUUCUCUUUUACCUUAUUUAUAUUUCCUUUGCCUUAAUGGGCUAUCUGCAGGUCAGUGAAGGGUCAGACCUUAGGAACAUCGUAGCAACGGCGACACAAACCAUUGAGUACACUACUGCCCAGCAAAAGUACUUUAGCAACUACAGUCCGGUGAUUGGGUUUUACAUAUAUGAGUCUAUAGAAUACUGGAACACUAGUGUCCAAGAAGACGUGCUAGAAUACACUAAGGGGUUUGUGCGAAUAUCCUGGUUUGAGAGCUAUUUAAAUUACCUUCGGAAACUCAAUGUGACCACUGGCUUGCCUAAGAAAAAUUUCACAGACAUGUUGAGAAAUUCCUUCCUGAAAGCCCCCCAGUUUUCACAUUUUCAAGAGGACAUCAUCUUCUCUAAAAAGUACAAUGAUGAGGUUGAUGUAGUGGCCUCCAGAAUGUUUUUGGUGGCCAAGACCAUGGAAACGAACAGAGAAGAACUCUAUGAUCUCCUGGAGACCCUGAGGAGGCUUUCUGUCACCUCCAAGGUGAAGUUCAUCGUCUUCAAUCCAUCCUUCGUGUACAUGGAUCGAUAUGCCUCCUCUCUGGGAGCCCCCCUGCACAACUCCUGCAUCAGUGCUUUGUUCCUGCUCUUCUUCUCGGCAUUCCUGGUGGUAGAUUCUCUGAUUAAUGUCUGGCUCACUCUAACGGUUGUGUCCGUGGAGUUUGGAGUUAUAGGUUUCAUGACAUUAUGGAAAGUAGAACUGGACUGCAUCUCUGUGCUAUGCUUAAUUUAUGGAAUUAACUACACAAUUGACAACUGUGCUCCACUAUUAUCCACCUUUGUUCUGGGCAAGGAUUUCACAAGAACGAAGUGGGUAAAAAAUGCCCUGGAAGUGCACGGGGUAGCUAUUGUACAGAGUUACCUCUGCUAUCUUGUUGGUCUGAUUCCUCUUGCAGCUGUGCCUUCAAAUCUGACCUGUACACUGUUCAGGUGCUUGUUUUUAAUAGCAUUUGUCACCUUCUUUCACUGCUUUGCCAUUUUACCUGUGAUACUGACUUUCCUGCCGCCCUCUAAGAAAAAAAGGAAAGAGAAGAAAAAUCCUGAAAAUCGGGAGGAAAUUGAGUGUGUAGAAAUGGUGGAUAUCGAUAGUACCAGAGUGGUUGACCAAAUUACAACAGUGUGAUAGCGUCUGCUUGUUAUAUUCUCACCCUAGGUCUUAUCAAGAGCAAAGGGAUGAUGCUAAUGGAAACAAAUUGAAAGUUGUUCUUUGCUUUUUCAGAAUAAGAAAUAGGCAUUGCCAAAAAAAGUAAAGGACAAGGUGGGGAAAUGGGCAUUGCAUAUUUUCAAUCUUUAAAACAAAAGGCUGUCACCAGAGAAAAUUUACACACACACACACACCCCUAGGAGACUCACAGUCUCUUAAACUAAGAUCAAAUAAGCAAAAGCUUAUUAGCAAGCAGAAUCCUCUUUUAUUCACACUGCAGAUGUUGCUGGUAUUGUGAUAAAAACCUUCUGAUUGAAAGGUCAGCUGCCAAGGCAGAAAUAGCUUUGAGCAUUGCUCAAACAAUAAAGCUUCCAGAACUUCUGCAGAGUGGUAGCUCCAAGCAGGGUCUGUGGUUUAAGGUCUGAGGUCUUUGCCAUCUCAUCUAUCCCCACAACACCCCAAGGAGAUGUUUGUGAAAGUUCUGGCCACCAAAAGCAAGCCAGAACCUCAGAAACAGACACAUGGCAGAGUGGCCAUCACCCAUGGACUGAAACUGAGUCACCUCUAAACUCACCCAGGUGAGGCAGUUUUGUUGUCCAGAAUGAAUUUAUCAUACACCCCACCCACCCACCAUCAAUAUACUUUUAACACUGGUAUGGUUUGGUUAAUAUACCUUUAAACCAAUGACAGCUCCAGCAAUGCAGAGUUAAGGCGAUUCUAUUUUGGUGUAUCUUGUUGCUUGUCACCAAGUGGAUCUGCUUUAUUAGUUACAGCUCUUGGCAGGAGGCUCUGAGUACCCAAAACCACAGAGCCAAACCCAAAUACCUGGCAUGAUGAAGGAAAAGCAGGUGUCUACUUGAACACAGAGAUAGUAUUUCCAUUUUGACAAAAAAAAAAAAACGGCCAGCUGGUACAGCUGUUUGCGGUUUGGCCCUACAUGCAUUUUUUUUUUUUUGCAUGGAUGCCCAGAAAUAACAUCUGCCCACACAUAGCUGAGGAAGGAGAAAUGAACACUGACAUGGUUAUCUGCCACAGCUUCCCACUUGUAGCGCCAGUCUGCCUUCGCUCAGGAGACAUGCUUGCUCAGAGAUACAGAGGAGAAAAGUCCUGAAACUUUGUAAGUCCUGAAACUGAGAACUUCAGGCAGACAUAAAGGGCUGAAAGUGAGAUAAAUGGAAAUGACUGGAAGAUGUAAUCACCACCAUAAAUCUAUCAACGAUGAUAGCCAAGCUUUCCUGCUAACCUGGCUGCACUUUCCUCUUCCUGGUCCCCACGCCCCCACCUUCAUUGGUACCCCUCUACUUCCUUGCACGGCCCUUCUGUACAUUAUCGAGCCUAGAUGUUUAUACUGUUGACUUGCAGUAUCUACAGUAUCUAAACAGAAAUGGUUUGAUCUGAAGAGGCUGUGUAUGUGGCCCCCGACCCCUGCAUUUCUUUAAGUCUAUAAAAAUGAAGCUAAAACCUGGUCACACUUGAGGUAAAUGUCUACAGUAUUUUUCCCUUUUAGAGACGUAGCUUAUUUAGACAUCUGUAGUGGUAAGCAUUUCCCCAAAGCACCUAACCUUUCUGGACCUUAGCGGAUGUACUGUGCAACUUCCCCAUCCCCUGCAGAGGAGGAAACUGAGACCUAGGAGAAUAAAGUGACUCACCCAGGGUCACACCACUGGAGGGUUUCCAUCAUUUUAGCAUGCCUAAGACAGGGCAGGCCAAUUUUAGAUCUUCUCAUAAGAGGGCUACUACUCCCUUCAAAGUACAUUUCCAAGGAAGAAACAUAGGACUUACUGGCCACAAGGCAGACUUUUUUUUAAUGUCUGGGUAAUGUUUGGGAUUUAGGUUUACCAUUGUCUUUCCAGACAGCAAAAAUGCCCAAAUGAUUCAGAUGUAACUACACCAAGUGCAAACCUGUGCUUUCUAUUUCAUGUACUGUUGUUCACACAGUUCUAAAUAUAUGUGCAGGGGAUCAUAGCUAGUGCAUUACACACUUGUUCAAUCUCUCCUGCAAACACACUAAGCGAUCAUACCAAUGUGUUAUGCACUCAACUAGAAGAUAAUGAGCUUUAAUCUAAGGACAAAUGCAAUCCUCGAAAAAGGGCAAGUUCGCAUAAUAGAUCUGCGAUCAAUUCUCUCUCCAAGGGGCCUGCAACUAGGCUAUCAUUGAUGAAACACAGCUGAAGAGGGGAUUGGUUUUAUUCUUAAAUCAUAUGUUGCUAAAUCAUUUUCUGAAGAGCGUGUUCUAAAUCAGCCAUUGAUUUAGUGCCGGCCACGUGGAGCACCUUGGGUUACAGUGACUCCACAAAACUGAUACAACACACACCAAUUAAGCAGAUUUUGUUGAGAAUUUAACCAUUCAAUUUGGUCAACCAGAAUGACUUACUGUGGAACUUUAUUUUAUGACAGAUAGUAGUUUUCCCUCUUGAUUGGGUCUCUGUACACCUUGGGAUAUUGUAUUUUUAAAUGAAGGGCAUUUUCAAACUUGUCAACUUCUCUUUUCAGCACCUGAAAUCAAAGCUUAUGGAAUUCUGACUGUGGAAUGAAUGAAUUAUUUUGGGGGGAGUCUGCAUGCCAAGAUUGACUACUUAUUAUUUAUUGUUAGAUCAUUAUUAUUUAUUUGUUAAUAUUCAUUAUUAAUAAUUGCUCUGAUAGCAUUGGUUUAGCCCCACCAUGGAGAAGACAUUUUAAAAAUAGCUCAGAAUCACAUCCCCCCAAAAUUUAAGUCUUUACUUCAUGAAGUUUUACUUUUUCAAUUGCUAUAAAGAGGGAAGGAACGAUCCUAGCAAACACUUGCAAAAGUUUUAUUUUUCAAUUAAUUCCAACCAAGACAUUAAUGUCCA